CCCGAAACGCCCCCGCCCCUCGUCCCCCUCCGACCUCUCGUCCACCACCGCCAACAAGCGCACGCUCGUCACCCCGUCCCGUGAACUCGAGCACCUCCACCUCGACUCGACUACCAUGAGCGCAGAAGCCACCCAGCUCUACUCCCGCCUCCAGCAGGAGUGGGCAAAGGGCCCCGACUCGCUCGACAACGCCGCCGUCAAGCAGCUCCUCGCCCAGCUCAAGGUCCACCUCUCCGACCUCGGCCUCUUGUUUCCCGACUCAGACAAGGUCGACCAGGGCGCCCUCACCACGGCCCGCGACAUCCUCGAACUCGGCGCCCUCUUCUCGGUCCGCACCGACGACCUCGCCUCGUUCGACCGCUACCUCUCGCUCCUCUCGUCCUUCUACGCCGGCAAGCUCGCCACCACCCUCCCGACCUCGCACAACGAGGCGCCCUUGACGGCCCUCUCGCUCCUGCGCCUCCUGAGCCAGAACCGCAUCGCCGACUUCCACACCGUCCUCGAGACGCUCGAGCGCAAGCACGUCGUCGACAGCAAAGAGGUCGCCUGGGUCAUGCAGCUCGAGCGCUGCCUCAUGGAGGGCUCGUACUCGCGCGUCUGGUCCCUGUGCCGCCCCACCACCUCCUCCUCCUCGACCCCCUCCUCCUCCUCAGCCUCGCACCUCCCACUCCCCGAGUUCGCCCACCUCACCCCGCCCCUCCUCGCGACCGUGCGCACCGAGAUCGCGGCGUGCGACGAGCGCGCGUACGAGAGCCUGCCCCUGCGCGACGCGCGCACGCUCCUCUUCUUCGAGUCGGACGACGAGGUCAAGAGCUUUGCGGCUCAGCGCAACUGGCACCUCGACCCCUCGACCCACACGCUCCACUUCCCCUCCGACGACGCGCGCGAGCUCGACCGCGCACAGGUCAUUGGCGCCGCGCUGCGGUACGCCAAGGAGCUCGAGAGCAUCGUCUGAGCUCGGGUGUCGAGCCGAGGCGCGGCGCGAGAGGGUCGUAGCGCAGGGCGAGAGGAGGAAUCGGAUUGGCGUGACUUGG